AUGGGAAAGGUAUGAGCUUCAAAAUGUUAUAUGGUUACAGCUUAGAUGAUUGGGAAUGUGUUAAACUGACAGGACGAGAAGAGAGGAAACAACAGAACUUAUUUGAGUAGAAAUAUUUGCUCAAACGUAGAGCUUACUCGCUGUGUUUGGGUGUCUAAAAAGAGAAGCACUAGUUGAUUUUAACAAAAACAAUGGCAGAAGUACUGUAGAGUAUUUACUGCUGAAACAAUCUCUGGCUCCUUUGAGUUGACAGUGCAUUCGGUUUGGAAAAGCACAUGUUCUGUAAGCCAAAGUCAGCUGAAGCAAAUGUCUCAGUUGCCUUGAUUUUCAUAUAUCAAGAAGUGGAGUUUCCUUGAUUUUCAUCUUUUAAGCAAUGGGAAUAUUAAAGUGUGCGGAGGACUGGAGAGGCUUGUUCACUCAAAGGACUCAUGACAAAGAAAUUGAGUUGGUUCAAGGGAGUACAGUGUCCUCUACAGUCCAAUCAGGAGCAUUACAAUUUGUAAAUAUGUAUGUAAGAGAUUAAUGUGAGUGAUCCACCUCUCUCUCUCUCCUUCUAAAGAUUAUCUUCUACGAAGGCCGCAACUUCCAGGGCCGCCACUGGGAGUGCAGCAGUGACUGCAUGGACACCUUCAAGCACUUUAACUGCUGCAACUCCAUCCGGGUCAGCGGUGGUCAGUGGGUGGCCUACGAGAAGCCUCACUACGCGGGCUACCAGUACAUCCUCGGCCCCGGCGAGUACCCUGACCACCGCACCUGGAUGGGCUUUAACAACUGUGUGCGCUCCUGCCAGAUGUUCUCCCCUGUAAGUCAUUCAAAAAAGACAAAAGGGUUGGUAGUUACCCCACCCCCCUAUCACUCACCUUGUACUUCAAAUGCUGCUUUAGAAAUGGAUGUCAGUCAUUGGUCUUUUGAUGUCAUUUACAGAUACUCAGGCAGGUCAUAGAAUAAAAGUCUCUUUUGCUGGGCCCACAAGGAGAUCCAGUCAGCCUUUAAAAGGAUUUUGAUACACUCCCCAUAAGACUCGGUGCCUUCAUUCUAAUUCCACAAGGCACAUUGAGUGAUUCUGGCAGAUAGGGUGGGAAAAAAAAUCUGAAUCUGUCAGGCUCAGAGAGAGAGUUGUUGCUAUAGCUCAUCUGUUGUUGUGUGCUUUAAAAAGCCCGUGGUACAAGCACUCACUUAAAGCUAAAGGCAUCAGCUUGUGUUAGAAAGCUAAAUCAAAGCGUUUCCUUAGGUUCAUAGCAACAAAAUAAUCUGAUUUUCUGGUUUCUUUAAAAUUCAGUAUAGAGGUUCCUACAAGAUGAAGAUCUUCAACAGGCCUGAUAUGUUGGGACAGACAAUGGAGUUCACAGAAGACUGUCCCAACGUGCUCGAGCGUUUCCGCACCCCUGACGUUUACUCCUGUAACGUCAUGGAGGGUUUCUGGAUCUUCUACGAGCACCCGAACUACAAGGGUCGCCAAUAUAUCCUGCGCCCCGGAGAGUAUAGGGCCUGCGGUGAUUGGGGCUGUCACAACCCUAAUGUGGGCUCUUUCAGGAGGAUGAGGACGCUCACUCUGUAA